AUGGAUGUGGUUUUAUUGGGGUUAAGAGUGAAGAACCAGGAUUUGAAGUAUUUCUUUUCAAGUAUAGAAGAAGAAAAUUACUCUGUUUCAACAAAUCAUGAUGGUCAAAACGUCGAAGUUUAUGAUUUGAGUGAUCUUUCUACAUGGCCUAAGGUAUUAACUCAUAUUAUGAAAUAUGAAAUUGUUAAGUUGGGUCCUAUGCAAAUAAAAAACUUUGAUUUUCCACCUAAUGAAGAAUAUCCAAAAAGAAGUUUCAGUGUUAAUUAUUACUACCGUAAAUUGCCCAAUAAUGAAGUAUUUGAUCGUCAAUGGCUAGUGUACUCUAAGACUAAAAAUUGUGUCAAUUGUUUUGCUGGUAAGCUUUUUAGUAAAGAAAUUAUUGAUGACAAUAAUUAUGAUUGCCGUUUAGCAAACAGUGGUUUUAAUGAUUGGAAACACCUCUCGGAAACAUUGAAGUCGCAUGAAAGAUCUAUAAUACAUUAUAAAUCUAUACAAUGCUGGAAUGAGUUAAAAUUAAGGAUAUCAUCUGAUACAACUAUCAAUAAAACAAAUUUGGCUUUAAUGGAGAAAGAAAAAAUGCAUUGGAGGGAUGUUCUUAAACGAAUAGUAUCUGUUAUUCAUUACUUAGCAAAAAAUAAUAAUGCCUUUAGAGGACAAUCAGAUGUAUUAUUUACAAAGAACAAUGGGAAUUUUUUAGGAUCAAUUGAAAUGUUAAGCAAUUUCGAUCCCGUCAUUAUAGAACAUGUUAAAAGAAUUACAAAUUCUGAAACACAUGUGCAUUAUUUAGGUCAUGAAAUACAGAAUGAAUUUAUUAUAAUCAUGGACUGCACACCUGAUAUUAGCCACAAUGAACAAUUGUUACUCAUGAUUCGAGUAGUAAAUAUGUAUGAUGAUGAUCAGUCAAAAUCUCCUGAUAUUGAAGAGUACUUUUUGGAUUUUAUUCCAGUUUUCACAACUACAGGAUUAAAUCUUUCUAAUAUUCUUUUAGAAAAUUUAAACAAGAUGGGUAUUAAUAUUAUGGAUUGCAGAGGUCAAGCCUAUGAUAAUGGUUCAAAUAUGGUCGGGAAAUAUCAAGGAGUUCAAACUAGAAUUAUUAAUCAAAAUCCUAGAGCAUUUUUCACGCCUUGUGUUUCACACAACUUGAAUUUGGUUCUUAGAGAUUCUGUGAAAAAUUCAGUUCAGGCUUCGACAUUUUUUGGAACUAUUCAACGUGUCUAUACAAUAUUUUCUGCUUCAACAAGUCGAUGGGAUAUUUUUAAAAAGCAUUGUGAAUUAUUAACAGUAAAAAAGUGGUCAGAGACAAGGUGGGAGAGCCGUGUAAAUAGUGUGAAAGCCCUUCGUUAUCAACUUCCAAAUAUCAUAGAAGCUUUGGAAGAAGUAUCUAGAGAAGCAAGUGAUACUAUGUCAAAGAGUGAAGCUCAAUCGUUAGCUAAUGAAAUUAGUACAUUUGAAUUUGUUCUCAGUUUGGUGAUAUGGUAUAGUAUUUUAAUAGAAGUGAAUGUUGUUAGCAAAAUUUUACAAGGUAGAAAUAUUGAUAUAGACAUUUCUAAUAAAAUGUUGGAAAGUCUUUUAAUUUUUUUAAGAUCGUUUAAACAAACAGGAUUUGAAAACUCUAUAGUAACAGCAAAAGAAAUUUGUGAAGAAAAUGACAUUGAAGCUAAUUUUAAAUCAUUUCUAUUUUUUUAUAUUGUUGAUCAAGCAAUAAGCUCAAUGGAAACCCGCUUUAAACAACUUGAAUCUUAUAAAGAUGACUUUGGGUUUUUAUUUCGAAUUAGGAAAUUAACAAAAAUGGCAGAUUCAGAUUUAUUAAAACAUUGUAUGGACCUUCAAAACCGUUUGACGGAUAGAGACUCAAAAGAUAUUGAUGCUUUAGAUUUAUAUGCAGAAUUAUUAAUCUUCAGAUCUCUUGUCUAUGAGAAUCAAACUCUUCUUGAAGCACUUUCUAUAGUUAAAAAUUCCAAUGGUUCAUUUCCGAAUAUUAGUGUUGCUCUUCGGAUACUUUUAACCAUUCCAGUCACUUCAGCCAGCGCAGAGAGAAGUUUUUCUAAGUUAAAAAUUAUAAAAAAUUAUCUUCGCAAUAGGAUCAGCCAAGAACAGCUUACCGGGUUGUCUAUAAUAUCAAUUGAAAAGGUUUUUAAACGUUUUAUAUCUCUGUUGUGGUUUUGUCCCUAUCCAUAUUCCACAAUUUCUACCAUGGUAGGUUCAUAA